AUGGGUCAUGACAUGUAUAACUACUACUCAAUACUCACUGGCUAUAAAUUGAGGGGUGUAUGGGAACAUAAGAGGGCAAAGAGGGCUGAGACAGAGGGACCCAAUAUCUCUCUUCUCUUUGUUAUCUGUAUGGAGUACUUCUCCAGGAUCAUGGGUGUUGUUGCUAAUCAAGAAGGGUUCAAAUAUUAUACAAAAUGUAGCAGCUUGAAGCUCAACCACCUCAUAUUUGCUGAUGAUGUCCUGCUUUUCAGCAAAAGUGCAUUCCAAGCUAUUUUGUUGACGCUUAGAGGACUGAGAACCUUUUCAGAUGCUUCAGGCCUGUAUACUAGUGCUCCAAAAUCUAGCAUAUUCAGUGCUAACAUGACAACACAAGAAGUGACAGAUUUAUGUGAGAUGACAGGCUACUCAAAAGGGACUUUGCCAUUCAAGUACUUGGGAGUGCCAAUAUCCCCAAAGAAGAUUUCAAAAAUGGAUUGUGAGGUGCUGAUAGACAAACUAACUACAAGAAUCAGGAGCUGGGGUUCUAGGCAUUUGUCAUAUGCAGGAAGAGCCAUGCUGAUAAAUUCUGUACUUCUGCAUGUUCAUAGUUAUUGGGCCUCAAUGUUCCUAUUGCCUAAACCGGCGCUAAAGGGGAUCAUCACUAUAUGCAGGAACUUCUUAUGGGAUGGUAAAGCAAACACUGCUAAAACUCCUUUAAUAGCCUGGGAUCUAGCAUGCAGACCUGAGAGGCAAGGUGGAUUAGGCAUUACUGAGUGCAUUGCUUGGAAUGAAGCAGCUAUUGGGAAAUAUGUGUGGAAUAUAACACAAAAGACUGAUAACUUAACUGAGAAAAUAACAAGAUGCACAAGGGGCAGGAAGAAUAGGGAACUGGCUAUAGCAGCUCUUGCAAGCCUAAUAUAUAAGAUAUGGAAAGCAAGGAAUGUGGCACUAUGGGAGCACAAGGUCCCAAGACCAGAGCAGCUCACUGAUCAAGUCAAACAAGAACGCAAGUAUAAACAAAGAUGUUCUUCAGUCAGAAACAAAGUAACAGGGACAGAAAUUGGAUACUAG